AUGCCUCUGGCUCAGGGAAUUCCACAGCAAUCGAGACAGUUAAUCGACGAUUCCCUAGCACUAGCCGGGGCACCAGCGGCGACAGAGCUGAGACCCGACACCCAAGGAGAGAGUUCCCGCACCGAAAGUCAAGCUUCGUCCUCGGCGCCUUCCACCUUCAAGGGCAGGCAAGUAGAGCCUGGCACUACUACGGCCCACGCAGAGAGGACCGAUGUAUCGAUGCCUCCGCAGGUUUCCCCGGUACCAGACCUGUCAACCCAGGUUGCUUUGACCCAAGAAUCAACAGACCAACGUGCUCUUUCUGGCGAAUCGGCGAGUAACCAGGGACAGUCUCAAGAAGCGCUUACCAGCCCACCAUUUUCGCACCGGGACUUUGCCAUCGACUCUGCCGACCCAGACGACGGAAACACGCGCCGUUCGCGGCCCCCCGCGAACGUCGAUACAACACAUCAACGUGGGCCUCACGAUUCGGCUCUCCGAAGUCCCCGCUCUUCCAUGUGCGAAGCUCCCGUCAGCAACCGCAUGAGCAUCAGCUCCAUGUACAGCCUGGCAUCCGUCCGUGGCGUCCCAAGUUCCGCAGCAUCCGCCAACGGAAGCGAUACCGGCAGCGUCACUGGCGUUCCCGCCCACCGAUCCGUAUCGGUCGUCAUGGCUUCGGGGGGAGGACACCAUCUAGCCCCCCGCGAGUCUCUCACACAACACCAGCUGAGCGAUAUGGCGAAGAAAGGGCAGCAAGGACAACCGCAGCCGGCCGGCUCGAACCCCGCCCCGCGCCCGCAGCCCACUAGGUCUAGGAGCCGGGCUAAGCGCAGGUUCAGCGGGAGCACAGGGGCUAGCAGCCACCACAGUCCCAGCGGCGACCGUGCCGGGUCGCACCGGCCCGACAAGGAAGAGCUCAAGCCUGCUCCGUGGGGUGUCAUUGGCGUGUGCGCCCUAGACGUCAAGGCGAGGAGCAAGCCGAGCAGGAACAUUCUGAACCGGCUGAUCCAGAACCGCGAGUUUGAUGUGUGUGUUUUUGGGGACAAGGUCAUUCUUGACGAGGAGAUUGAAAAUUGGCCCAUCUGCGAUUACCUCAUCUCCUUCUACUCAGAUGGCUUUCCCUUGGAGAAAGCCAUCGCCUAUGUCAAGGCCCGCAAACCCUUCUGCGUCAACGACGUGCCCAUGCAAAAGAUACUCUGGGACCGCCGCCUAUGCCUGCGCUUACUCGACCGCAUCAACGUGCCUACACCCCAGCGUAUUGAGGUGAACCGCGACGGCGGCCCACUACUACUCACCCCCGAAAUGUGCAAGCACAUGCGCGACGUAAGCGGUAUAACCUUCGAACCGUUCGACUCCGAGUCGGAGAGGGCAAAGUCGACCCCGCCGCGGAAGGUGGAGCUGCUCGACGGCGGCGAUAUCCUUUCUGUCGACGGCACGCUGAUCAAGAAGCCCUUCGUCGAGAAGCCCACCAGCGGCGAAGACCACAACAUCAUCAUCUACUUCCCGUCGUCUGCCGGUGGGGGGGCUCGCAAGUUAUUCCGAAAGAUCGGCAACAAGAGCAGCGAGUUUGUCCCGGAUUUGACGGUGCCCCGUGCCAUCACGCAGCCAAACGACAGCUUCAUCUACGAGCGCUUCAUGCAGGUCGACAACGCGGAGGACGUCAAGGCCUACACGGUGGGCCCGUCCUAUUGCCAUGCCGAGACGCGCAAGUCGCCUGUCGUGGACGGCGUCGUCCGCCGCAACACCCACGGCAAGGAGGUGCGCUAUGUAACAGCGCUGAGCGCCGAGGAGAAGGAGAUCGCCAGCAAGAUUAGCACCGCCUUCGGCCAACGCGUCUGCGGGUUUGACUUCCUGCGCGCUGGAGGCAAGAGCUAUGUUAUCGAUGUCAACGGCUGGAGCUUUGUCAAAGAUAAUGACGAUUACUACAACCACUGCGCCAGUAUCCUCAAAGACAUGUUUAUCAAGGAGAAGCUGCGCAGGGACGGCCGGACGCCUCCUAUGGCUUCGCCCGCAAUUUCCGACGUGGACCCCAUGUCGGUUCGCUCGAACCACACCAACAGGGAGAGGGACCACGUCUCGCAGGGCCGGCCAAGUGUGGACAGGUCAGCGAGGGACUCGCUGGUCGAACCGAUUCCGAUAGUCAAGUCCGAGCCCAAGCUCAGCAGCAUGCCGGCCAGUCCCUUGGUUAGUCAGUUCCCCUCUUCCUUGCAAGAAAGCGCACCGUCUACCGCACCGUCUGUCACGUCCGCCGCGCCGUCCUUCGUCCCCGAAGCCACCGCACAGGACGAGCACGAACCGCCCCCGCCCCCGCCGCCCAAGCCCAGCUGGAAGCUCAAGGGUGUGGUCUCGGUCAUCCGCCACGCAGACCGCACGCCCAAGCAGAAAUACAAGUUCACCUUCCACACAGAACCCUUUAUCGAACUGCUCCGGGGCCACCAGGAAGAAGUCCUGCUUAUCGGCGAGCCAGCUCUGGCCAGCGUCAUCGACGCCGUCGACGUGGCCAUGAAAGCGGGUAUCGAAGACCCUGCUAAGCUCAAGGCCUUGCGCAACGUUCUCAUCAAAAAGGGCAGCUGGGCCGGCACCAAGGUGCAGAUCAAGCCCAUGUUCCGCAAAAAGGCGGACCCCAAGCCGGACAAGGGACAGAAGGACAUGAAGCAGGAGGAGCAGGUGGCCGAGAUUGACGAAACCAGAAACGGCGACAAGACGCCUCGCAAGCCUCCGAAACGCCACGACUCGCUGUCCGGCGUGACCAUGUCCAAGUUCACGGCCGCCGAGGAGAGCCUCGUGCUUGACAAGCUGCAGCUGAUUGUCAAGUGGGGCGGCGAGCCGACGCACUCGGCCCGCUACCAGUCGCAGGAGCUGGGCGAGAACAUGCGCAGCGACUUUGGGCUGAUGAAUCGCGAGGUGCUCGACGAGGUGCACGUCUUCAGCAGCAGCGAGCGCCGCGUCGUGACGAGCGCCCAGAUCUGGGCCGCCAGUUUCCUGAAGAAGACGGACCUGCCUGAGGACUUCAUCACCAUCCGCAAGGACCUGCUCGACGACUCCAACGCGGCCAAGGAUGAAAUGGACAAGGUUAAGAAGAAGCUGAAGGGCCUGCUGCGCAAGGGCAACGAGCGCCCGCCACAGUUCGCCUGGCCUCCCAACAUGCCCGAACCGUCCGAGGUGCAGACCAGGGUUGUCCAGCUGAUGAAUUUCCACCGCAAGGUCAUGCACCACAACUAUGCGAAGCUGUACAGCGGCGCCGCGAACUCGCUCAAUGCGAUCAACAACCCGAGCUCGGAGAAGGGUCUUGCCGAAGGCGGAUCGUCGGGCGUGUCGCUGUCUUCGCUCGCCUCCACCGGCUCGCUGUCGCAGAUUAACGCCGUCAACAGCAUCCAGGCGCGGUGGUGCUGCGGCGAGGACGCAGAGCUGUUCAAGGAGCGGUGGGAGAAGCUGUUUGCCGAGUUCUGCGACGGCGAGAAGGUCGACCCAAGCAAGAUCUCGGAGCUGUACGACACAAUGAAGUUUGACGCCCUGCACAACCGGCAGUUUCUUGAGUGGGUGUUCACGCCCCCCAAGAGCAUGCUCGAGGAGGAGUACGGCAUGUCGCUGAACGGCAAAGAGGGCAAAACGACUUCGCCUCCCAGCAAAGAUGCGGAGGAGAACAAGGGCGAGGAGAAGCCUGCGGUCGGCACGCUGUCGGAAAAGAUCGAGAACUCGGGCCACAAGGCUGUCAAGCGCAUCUUCCGUCGUCGGUCAUACCUCAACGGGUUGCGGAGCGGAGCAGAGGCGGAGCUGCCGGAGAGGUACUUCCACCUCCACCGAGGCAACAGCCAGACCAAGGCGAAGACGGACGCCCGCUUCGAGCCGCUGCGCGAGCUGUACCAGCUGGCCAAGGUGCUGUUCGACUUUAUCUGCCCGCAAGAGUACGGCAUUUCCGACAGUGAAAAGCUUGAGAUCGGUCUCCUGACAUCGCUGCCCCUGCUCAAGGAGAUCGUGCAGGACCUAGAGGAUAUGCAGGCGUCAGACGAGGCUAAGUGCUUCAUCUACUUCACCAAGGAGUCGCACAUCUACACGCUGCUCAACUGCAUCCUCGAGGGCGGCCUUGAGACCAAGAUCAAGCGGGCCACCAUCCCGGAGCUCGACUACCUCUCGCAAAUCUCGUUUGAAUUGUAUGAGAUGCCGGCUAACCCGCCAGUUGACGCCGAAAAUUGCGAGCCCGUGUUCAACUACAGCAUCAAAAUAACCAUCAGCCCGGGAUGCCACGUCUUUGACCCGCUCGACGUGCAGCUCGACAGCAGGCAUUGCAUUGGGUGUGCGCCGCGCCGCAGCCUGACGGCCCAUCAUGACUGGAAGGUGGUGAUUGAGACGCUGCGGGCCAAGUUCCAUCAGGUGAAACUGCCAAAGACGUUCCUGGCCGUCAAUCUCUCGGAUGCGUUCACGUUUCAGGAAAAGAAGCAGGAGAGCGAGGCUGAGGGGCUUGAGAUGAAGCCCGCCGAGCAGGACGAGGACCAGGACCAGGAGUACUCGACCGAGCCUGUCGCCACAGCCACGGAAUCUACCGCGGAGCCAACCGCAGACAUGGCUGCGGAUUUGUCAGCGGACACGAGCGACGACACGUCCAUUGCUCUUGCUGCCGCCGCUGCUGAGGCCUCGGAGUCGACGCCUGAUUCACCGGUAUCAAACAGCCAAGGUGGCCACCGGGAAAUAAAUGGAUGA